AUGACCGGAGGUGUUGAUAAAGUUAAUACAAUAAAAGAGGCUGCAUCUCAGUUGCAGGCUCAAUCAGAUCGAUUGGUAACAUUGGAAGAGGCUGUUAAGACAAUCUCUUCUGCAGUUCGUUCUUUAGCUACUGAUAUCAUCCCUGUUAAAGAAUCUCUCACCACAAUUGUUCUGCUGUGUCAACGAUUGGGUAUUCCUACUACUCCAAUUCAGCCGGAAAACCCAGAACAAACUGCCAUCCCAGCUGCUCAGGAGUUGAUUCAUCAAUCUGGUAAAUAUUCUCGACACCCAAAAAUUGAUUUUCCCAGAUUCGAUGGUUCUAAUCCUAGAUGUUGGAUCCGUAAGUGCAAUAGGUAUUUUCAGUUAAAUUCUAUUGAUGAAUUUCAUAAAGUGGAUCUAGCUUCAAUCCAUUUUGAUGGUAAAGCAAAUUCAUGGUUUUUGGACUAUCAAGAGGGUAAACCUUUCAUAGACUGGCCUCAAUUUUCUUCUGAUGUAUGUUGUCAAUUUGAAGACGUAGCUUAUGAUAAUUAUGUUGGUAGUUUUAACAAAUUAGCUCAAAUUACUACUGUUGAAGAAUAUUAUGAACGUUAUGAGUCCUUAAAAGCUUUAAUGAAAUCUCGCAAUCCAAGUUUAUCUGAAGAUUAUUAUACUAUGAGUUUUGUUAGUGGGUUAAAGGAAGAAAUUCGUAAUGUUGUUCAGAUGUUCAAGCCUGCUUCAGAUACUGAUGCUUUUUACCUUGCUAGAAUGCAACAGGCUUCUGUUGACUUUCAAUAUAAAAACCAUAAGCCAUUUUCUCGACCUUUUCAACCCUCUACCACUAACUAUUUACCAUCUACUUCUAAACCAACUUUGUUACCUCUCACCACCCCACCUAAAACAUCUUUUUCAAACACAAAACCAAUUAUUAUACUUCCUCAUACACCUACUAAACUUGAACCUAAUACACCUCCAAUUAGGAGACUUACCCCAGCUCAAAUGAAGGGACACAUGUGCAAGACUCAACAAUUGUUUAUGUUAGUAGCUUCAGAUGAUGUUGCAUCACCUUCUUCUGAAGACACUGAAGAUGAGGUUGCAUCUCCUCCUUCACCUGCAAUAUCUACCAUGGAAAUUUCUUUACAUGCCUUAACUGGCUUAGUCACACAAAAUACCAUCAGAGUACCUGGUCAACUUUACUCUCAUGAUAUAUUUAUACUUAUUGACACGGGCAACACUCACAGUUUUGUUGAUGCUAAAUUAGCUGACCAGCUACAACUUCCAGUGGAACCCACUGGCCAAAUGCUAGUGACAGUGGCUAAUGGUGAUUCAACUAUCAGUAGAGGCAUCUGCAAUCACUUACAAUGGUCUAUGCAGGACUACCAAUUCCAGGGUGAUUUAAGGGUUCUACCACUUGGUGGUUGUGAUAUGUUCUUAAAAAAUAAUGCCCCUACUAUCAUUGGCCAAUUAUUCUCUAUUUCCACUGCUCCAUUAGAACCCAUUCACCCUGACAUAUCUACAUUGCUAGACUCAUAUGUUGAUGUUUUUGAACCACCUACCUCCUUACCACCUCAAAGAGCUAUUGAUCACCAAAUACCCUUGAAGCCUAAUGCUGCUCAUAUCUCUCAAAAGCCAUACAAAUGUCCUCAUCUGCAAAAAUCAGUUGUUGAGAAGUUAAUUCAAGAAAUGUUGGAUGUUGGAUUUAUACAGGACAUCCAUAGUCCAUUUGCUUCACCUAUCCUUCUAGUCAAGAAGAAGGAUGGCUCUUGGAGAUUUUGUGUAGAUUACAGAAAGCUCAAUGACAUCACUAUUAAAGAUAAGCUUUCAAUUCCAUUGAUUGGUGACUUAUUGGAUGAACUUCAUGGUGCUGUCAUUUUUACCAAAAUUGAUCUUAAGUCUGGAUAUUACCAAAUCUUAAUGCACAUUGCUGACAUACAUAAAACUGCAUUUAGAACCCAUCAAGGGCACUAUGUAUUUAGAGUCAUGCUAUUUGGCUUAACAAAUGCACCUGCCACCUUUCAAUCCCUUAUGAACACUAUUUUUAAACCAUUUUUAAGGAAACUUGUUUUGGUAUUUUUUGAUGACAUCUUGAUCUAUAGUAAAUCUUUAGAAGACCAUGCAGUGCAUUUGUCUCAAGUCCUAUCCUUAUUGAGACAACAUUCCUUGUUUGCCAACAAGAAUAAAUGUUGUUUUGCUCAAACCAAGCUGGCUUAUUUGGGAUACUUAAUUACUUCUGAGGGUGUAGCUGCUGAUCCUGACAAGAUAGCUGCAAUGCCACAAUAG